ACCACUACCCUUCCCCACCACUUGAGAACCAAGUUCUCCUCUAUCCUCCCUUCCCCUUCCCCUUCCCCCUCCACCUUCAUCGCUGCUCCUUCCAACACCCAACCUCACCAGAUUCUUCCGUGCAAAAACAUUCUGUUUACUCACACUAAAAACAAGGCCCUUCAAAGAUUUCUAGGUGUUCUAGAUUUUUAUUCGAUCGCCGGAGCUCUGUUUCGGUAACUUGAAAGCAAAGAAACUGUCCGGAAGAGUUUUGGAAGCUCCGCCGCAACUAUGGCCAUCUCCGGCCACGGAAAAUCCCACUCUGACUUCAAGGUUUUUCAACUUUGUCUCUUCGGGCAAUCGAGGAAUGCGUCGCCGCCGCCGUCGGCGUCUGCGGCAAAUAACGUUCACCUUAGUAACGAAGGAAGCCGAAGCGACGGACACCAGGAAGGACACUCUCGGAAGUCUGCGUCUUUUAGAACGGUGUCGUCUGCUGCGAGAUCUUUACUUCCCCCUCGGCGUAGGCUCUGCCUUGAUCCUUCUAAAUAUCUCUACUUCCCCUAUGUACCUGGUAAACAGGUCAGAACAGCUGUUCGGUUAAAAAACACUAGCAAGUCUCCUGUAGCUUUCAAGUUUCAAACUACAGCACCGAAGAGCUGUUAUAUGCGACCUCCUGGUGGCAUACUUGCACCUGGAGAAAGCCUGAUUGCAAUAGUGUUUAAGUUUGUGGAGCAACCAGAGAUCAGUGAAAAGAUCAUGGACCUGAAGAACAAGGUUAAGUUCAAAAUUAUGAGUCUCAAAGUGAAAGAUGGAGUGGACUAUGUACCUGAGCUGUUUGAUGAACAAAAGGAUCAAGUGGCAGUAGAACGAAUAUUGCGGGCUGUGUUUAGAGAUCCAGAGCGGCCAUGUCCUGCUUUGGAAAAGAUGAAAAGACAGUUGGCUGAAGCCGAUGCUGCAGUUGAAGCUCGUGAAUCUCGCAAGAAGCCUCCUGCUGAGACCAGUCCUCGAGUCGGUGGGGAAGGACUUGUAAUUGAUGAAUGGAAAGUAAGACGUGAGAGGUACCUGGCACGACAAGUUGAAGCUGCGGCAGAAUCAACAUAAGAUGAGGUUUUCUCUUCCUGUGUGCGCUUCUGUUCAGGGUGGAUGUUUCUGCUGUGAGACAAUAUUGACCAUGGGUAUGCUUCAAGUCAACUUCUGGGGAAGUAACUCUUCUAUGAUGCAAAGAUUCAUUCUGUGAUUGGUAUAGUUUUCGAACUCCGUCCUUUGAGAGGAGCAUUCUGAUGUGUACAUAACAGAUUCAGCCUGUUUUGGGAAUAACUUCCUGCUCUUAGCAUCUAUCUGCCUGUGAAACUACCUCGUCUGAUAAUGGGUGAUUCAAUAUAAUCUCUUUUGUUUGAAUAUAA